UUGCUUUCUCGCCGGCUACCGUAUUGUGGGUGGCUGUUGAUGGAUUGGAUGGGUGACGCUGUUUGACUAUUAUUUGCUGGGAUAUUUCCAGUCCGACAAUGCUUGAUUUCAUGGAUUACAUCCAACUCGCCUUCGCCGAGGCGACGAAUUGGAACCGCGACAAUUCAUACUCGUCUCUCACGGCCACGGCUCAGUCCCUCCUCGACUUCUCUACCCCGGAGCGUCUCCGCGUCCAUCUCUCGUCCCUAUCCACUCCGCACUUCGCGACGAGUUACACCCUCGGCACCGUCGGCCUGAUCGAUGGCUCAGUCUCCUACCUCUUCAGCACCGUCCCUCUCGACCAUUCCCCCAGCAAAAGUGCUCUGAUCCCCCUGCGCAAGCUCUCCCCGGGUUACCGCCAAGUCCAAGCCCCCAUAGCCCCAAUCGAGGACCUCACCGCCGAGUCCAUCCUCCACGACCUCAACAAUGACCCCUACCAUGUGCCAAUCGGCAAGAAGGCGACCCUCUUCCACGCAACCCUUCACCUCCCUCCCCCGACCACCCUCAACGCCCUCUUCCUACGCCGCAUCUCUCCCACCAUGCAGCUCUCCCUCGCCGUCUGCUCGACCCGAGGCCCACUCCUCUCCAAAUCCGCCCCGCAGGCCUCCCUCCUGACCCAACUCUCCCAUAACACCGGCAAAUACAGCAACGAGUACCUCUUCAGCACUGAUAACGCCCUCUUCGGGUGGCGCGGACUAUGGAACUUUGGCCCCGACCCGCGCGAUGGCCCGUCAUCGUCCCCGCGUCUCUCCCUCCUCUCCGCCGGCGCAGAAGCAUACUACUCCCCCAUAUCCUCACUCAUCGGCAUGUCCACCGGCCUGCGAUUCAGUACCCUCCCCGCAGCAACAGACCUCCCUUCUUCACAAUCCACCUCCACCUCCACCUCUCCACCCCCCAACCAACCCAACAACACCCCCAUCUCCACCUUCCCCUACACCCUAACCCUAACCCUGACUCCCGUAACGGGCUCCCUCUCAACCACCUACUCCCUCCGCGCGUCUCCCAACCUGGCCUUCAGCUCCCGCUUCGGCUUCAACGUCUACAGCUGGGAAAGCGAAAUGGUAGCGGGCUGCGAACUCUGGCGCAAGAGUAAGCGGAGCCCGGAUGACGAUGGGCUGGAAUGGGCGCGACGGAAGAUGCGCGAGAGCAUGUUUCCGUCGUCUACUGUUUCGCCUCCUCUACCUGAACCGAUCAAGGAGGAGGAACAGGAGAAUGAAUCCGUGUUGAAGAUCCGGGUGGAUCAGUCGUGGAAUGUGCGGUUGUUGUGGGAGGGCCGGGUCAAGGAAUUGUUGGUGAGUGCGGGGGUGGGAUUGGGGCCGAGUUCGUUUACGUCGUCGUAUGCGGCUGCGGCGGGGGCGCAGAGUGGUGGGGGAGGGAGCCUGGGGAAGUCGUAUUGGCGGGGAGUGGGGGUUUCGGUGUUGUACUCGUCGUGA